AUAGAAAAAGAGCUGACGGACAUCCGGCGCCAGCUGCGCAACGCCGGCAAGCGGUUGAGGGCAGCCGCUCUUGUGCAGCAACCGGAUGUUCGGGUCACUGCCAAAGUUCAGGUUGCAGCGCCAAGCUUGCCUUGGUCCCCUGCAAGCGUGCGAGAUUUGCUCGUAUUUAUUUUUAGCGGGCACGACGCGCAGGUGGCAGCAGACUUUGCGCAGGGCUGGGGCAGGCGUGGGUGUGGGGCUGCUGCCCACGCGCAGCAGGCGCGUGAACAUUUGGUUGCAGAAGUUGAGUGGGCGUACAUUCGCGCGCCGCUGGCUUUCAUUGUGCAGUUGGAAACCAACCCGCUGGAGGCUUGCCCAAUGAACGACGUUCUUUGCGCAUCUCGGUAUGUGGUGCAGCACGAGCUUUUCCAAUGGGUGGAGCGCCAAAACGUGGAGCAGGGUGUUGCUCCUUCGCGGCGGCAACUUGUGGAGCACGCCUUGAGUAGCGUCCCUCACACAGUGCCUGAGGAAGUGCGGCGGCUGGUGUCUGCUGUUCUGACUGGCUCACCGCGCAGUCAGCGCCGAUGGCUGGCCAAGUUUCGGCAGCGCUGGGGCGCCCGCUUGAACAAAUUAAAGCUUCAGCCUUGCGUGUCAAUUGACGCCAUGCAGAGGUGGCGCCGCUUUCAGGCCCUUGGUUGGCAGGCGAUGGCUUACUUCCAGUGGGUGAACGAAGCCUUGACAGCAGCGCCGACUGGGAGGUCGCCGUUGGUGAUUAACAUGGAUGAGACUGCUGUGGUCCGGCAUGUUUCCGGGCUUGUCGGAACUGUUGUCAGACACCCACGAGCGACAAGAUGCCCGAAAGAUGAGGCCACCUUGUCUGACGUGCGAAGCUACAUUUCUUAUUUCGCUAGCAUCACUCAUGACAGGGCUGUGCAGCCCAUGCUGCCCCAGGUGUUGGUCGGAAAUGAGCACCAGUUCCCAGUCAAACUCUUAGAAGGCUUGCGGCCGCUUCCACACGGUGUCCACGUGUGGCGCUGCAAGUCGGCGUGGAACAAUCAUGCGACAAUGCGCCGUUACAUUUCCCUUUUGGCGAAGAGUCUUGGAGAUCUCGUCCAGCAGCGGUAUGUUAUCCUCUUGGCUGAGUGCGCCCUAUCACACAUAGACGUGUCGAUCUUCAAGCAUGCUCUCCGCUGUGGUGUGAGAUUGGUCUAUGUGCCAGCUUCCAUGACGGGGGUGCUGCUGCCUUGCGACACACACCUCUUCUCGAGGUUCAAAGCAGCGUUUGCAGACAUGUGGCGGAGGCAGAAGGCGGAGUGUGUGGCAGGAGUCGUUACCACAAAUGAUUGGGUUAGAGUGAUUUGGAGAGCUGUGGAGGAAGUUGUGAUGCGCGGUGAUUGGCAGCAGGCCUUCGAAUCAGCUGGCGUUCUCAGGCGCCAACAACGUCUGGCUGGCAAUUUGCGUGAGAAGCUGGGUUGGGCGGAGCUGCCUGAGGUGCCUGCCGGCCCACCCGCUGUAGAUUUGGCAAGAGAGAUUUUCCCUCAGAGAAUGCGGCUGGACGUGUUGUCCUAUGUGCUGUGGAAGCCAAAGUGCCAGCGGAGCAGGGAGUCCGCAGAAUGUUCAGGGUUCCGCAGUUUGUCAGUGUCUGCGGAGGCCUUGCUCCACGAGGAAAUGGAAGCGCUGAAGAGACGCCGUGGUGAGUUGAAGAGGCAGUGUCGCCAAGCGGCCAGGGACAGUAAGGUGCUGGCGAAGAAGAGACAGCGGCUGCUGCAGGCUGCGAAAAACUUGAGCGCAGAGGACUUGCAGCUGUUGCUGCGCGCCCCGAAGGUGGCGAAGGCGAAGGAGGUGGUGGGGUUGCUGGCUGUGAUGGCGCUGCAGGCGGGCUGGGGGAGAUGCCUGGUCUUGUGCUCGUAA